AGAGGAAGGACUCAGCUGCGCGUGAACGUGCCCACAGCUGCUGCUGCUUCUUGUGCACUCACUCGAGCGCAGGUCUGAUCUGCCCCUUCCUCUCACCCCGACACUGAAAUAAACAUUUACCGGACAACAAUUCUGGACAAUAAAAGCAUUCAAACAUGUGGAAAUCUGUGGUGGGACAUGAUGUUAAUGUGAAGGUGGAGUCGGAGGGGGACGACUGGGAAACGGAUCCCAAUUUUGAGAAUGAUGUAUCAGAGCAGGAGCAGAGAUGGGGUUCCAGAACCAUAGAAGGAUCAGGUCGAAAAGAACACAUCAGCAUUGCAGAUCUCAGGCAGAAUGUGUCUCGGGAACAUGAGGUGGUUAAGAAGAAAGAGCUGGAGCAGGGCCCUAAAGCCUCGUACGGCUAUGGAGGGAAAUUUGGAGUUGAGAAAGACAGAAUGGACAAGGGUGCUUUAGGGCACAGCUAUGUGGCGGAGGUAGAAAAGCACUCAUCCCAGACGGAUGCAGCAAAGGGUUUCGGGGGGAAGUUUGGUGUACAGAAGGACCGUGUGGACAAGUCUGCCAUGAACUAUGAGUAUAAGGGUGAGGUACAGCAGCAUGCGUCUCAGAAAGAUUAUGCUAAAGGUUUCGGUGGCAAGUACGGUGUGCAGAAAGAGAGGGUUGACAAGGCCGCAGUCGGUUACGAUUAUAAAGGCGAGACUGAGAAACACCAGUCACAGAAAGACUACGCGAAAGGCUUCGGGGGGAAAUACGGCGUGGAGAAAGAGAAGGUUGACAAGGCUGCUCUGGGUUACGACUAUAAAGGAGAAACAGAGAAACAUCAGUCGCAGAAAGACUAUGCAAAAGGCUUCGGGGGGAAAUACGGAGUGGAAAAAGAAAAGGUUGACAAGGCUGCUCUGGGUUAUGACUAUAAAGGAGAAACAGAGAAACAUCAGUCGCAGAAAGACUAUGCAAAGGGUUUUGGAGGACGUUAUGGAGUCGAAGCGGAUCGCAUGGAUAAAAGUGCCGCUUCAUUCAGUGAUAUGGAGUCACCAUCCUCAUCUUAUGAAAAGCCUCAGGCUUUUGAGGCCUCCAGUGUAGGAGCUGGAAACCUUAAGGCUCGCUUUGAGAACAUGGCGAAGGCCUCAGAUGAGGAGAACAGAAAGAAAGCAGAGGAGGAGAGAGUCAGAAGACUCGCUCGAGAGAAGAGAGAACGGGAAGAGGCACAACGCAAACAAGAGGAGCAGAGCAAGCGUGAAGAGAAGGAAGAGAUCCAGAGACCACCACCAGUUCCAGCAUCCCAGAAUCCCCCAGAGACGUUCAGAAAACUGCCUGAAAUUCCCAGAGAUGAACCCGAGGAAGAAGCUCAGGUAGAGGAGGACCCUGAAUACGAGGAGCCUCCGUUACUGCCGCCCCGUCCAGCUGACCUGAUCGAAGAGGAAGAGGAGGAGGAGCAAACUUAUGCCGAGUGUGAAUCUGCCCCUGUACCCCAGGAAGAAGAUUAUGAGGAUAUUGGCUCAUAUACUACUGCAGCUGCUGAUAAUGACUAUGAAGAACUAAGUGGGGCAGGACGUACAGCCACGGCCAUUUAUGACUACCAAGGAGAGGCCAGUGACGAGAUCUCCUUCAUGCCAGGCGACAUCAUCACUAACGUCGAGAUGGUGGACGAGGGUUGGUGGAAAGGAACGUGUCAUGGUCGCACAGGCCUGUUUCCUGCCAGUUUUGUGGAGCUCCAGUAGUUGCUAAUAAUCAGUGAUCA